UGGUGAGCGUGGCUGAGAUUUACCGCGCAUGCCCAGUAAGGACCUGGGGAUGAGGGAAACGGUCAACCUCUUCGAACUCGGAGCAACCCUGGGCGGAGGCUGUGAGGUAGACCGGAGUUUGGGGGGUGGGAGAGAGGAGACCCCCCCCCCGGCCCUCAACAAAGGGACAAGGACCCCCGGCAGGCAGCCCGGCCUCCUGGGGAUGCCAGCACCAAGCCACGAAGAUGCUGCCCCCACUGCAGAAAGGGUGCAAGAGAUCAUCCAGAAGGACCUCUUGGCCGCUGACCUGAAAUGCAGCCUUUUUGCUUCUGCCCUGCAAAGCUACAAGAGGGACUCUGUCCUCCGGCCGUUCCCAGGACACUACUCCUCGGGCGACAGUAAAGAUUUUGAGGCUCUGCUUGCAGAUACAAGUGCAUUAGGGAGCUUGCAAGAACUCUUGGAUUCUCCCCAAAAUCCUGACCAAAGAACUCUGGAGCUGCUCCAUUGGAUCCUGUCCUCUAAAGCCUGGUGCAUCCACUCCACCAACAAAAACAAGUAUGAGAAAAUCCAGGAAUUGACGGGAGCUCCCAACAUGCCUGUCCCGGUGCCAGACUUCCUGUUUGAAAUCACCUACUGCAAAGAAAUGAAUGCCAAAUUUGAGGAUACUCAGGCGGGGAGAGACCUCAUUUAUGCCUUCCAUGGGAGCCGCUUGGAGAACUUCCAUUCCAUCAUGCACAACGGGUUGCAGUGCCAUUUGAACAGGACUUCCUUGUUUGGGGAAGGCACCUAUCUGACCAGCGACUUAAGCCUGGCCCUCCUCUACAGCCCACACAGUCUAGGCUGGCAGCGAAGCUCGAUGGGUCCGAUUCUCAGCUGUGUCGCAGUUUGCGAGGUCAUUGAUCAUCCCGAUGUCAAGUGCCAAGUGAAGAAAAAAGACUCUAAAGAAAUUGACAGGAAGAGAGCCAGGGUGAAGAACAGCGAAGGGGGUGAUGUGCCUCAGAAAUAUUUUGUCGUUACAAACAACCAGCUGAUACGGGUGAAAUAUUUGCUAAUAUAUUCGCAGAGGCAGCACCGAAGACUUUCCAGUCAAUCGUGGCUCUCCAAACAUCGUUUUGCGGUGAUGAUGAGUCUCUACUUGCUACUGCUGGUUAUCAUAGGGACUAGCAACUCGCCAGCCUUCCUCUACUACUGGAACCGGAUUUUUGACUUCAAGCAAUGACAUUGGUGCAUCUUGGGCUACUGGGGGGUGGGGUGGAGGAGGGAAAGGCUGAUGAUCUUCACCAAGUGCCUUAACAGGGAGGAAUAUUCAGCUUUUUGUGAAUCCCAUCAUCCUGAAGAACAGAACAAAGUGGUGGAGGUUGUGAUAGGAAUGUUUUAGUGGCCUUAAUUUUUCUGAUUCCUUAGAGUUUCGGAUAGAUAGUUUCCGCAAAAAGACUCAGCUGAGGAGAGCUGCCCCUUCCUUGGCCUGCUAAGGUCCUCACAGCAAGGUCUCAAAAAUGCCUUCAGAAGCGAAGGAUGGCAGACCAGGGACUGUUAGCUUUUAAAGAAGACACUUCAACAUAAUUCUGAUGUGCUGGUAUACUUAGGCUUGUUCUGAACUCUGAGAAGGGUAAUUUAGGUCUAAUGUUCUACACACUAUAGGAAACCCAACCCUUGUCUUAGCAUAAUGUCUGAAUCAGGACAGCAUGAAAAUCUUUGUGACCAGACCAGUGAAAUCAACUGUAGACUUCAUUAAAAAAAAAAAAAGAUUUUCCUAAGUUGUUUGUUUUUUAAAAGUUUUCCUUUGUUUAUCUGAACCAGGAAGAUAAAAAGAACAACAGAAAAAGAAAAAGCAGACCAGGAGCAAAACGAUAAGACGUAAGGGCUUCUUAAAUCUGUAUAUAUGUAAAUAAAUAAAUUUAACAUAAAGUUGCAAUAAAAGAUGACUACAAUCUA